AUUUAUGGCAAACAAGCAGUCGCCGAUCGCUGGGGGAGGUUGCAUUCAAAGCAGAUCCCCACCCAACUUGUCACACCCGACCCACGCCGCUGGAUCCCCAUCUCAAUCUUCAUCUUCUUUGGUACGACCAGACUGGAAAGACGGUCCCAUCAAUCCUCCUCUGAGAUCCCCGAGAGCAUGUCGGAUCCAGCAUGGCCGGCACUGCCGCCCGAGAAGGCAGCUGAGAGCAACGGCCCGCAGAUGCUCAUCAUCGGAUGGACUUUCACAGCGAUAGCGACGCUCUUCGUAACCGGGAGGAUCUUUUCCCGCUUCAAGAAGCUGGGCAGGAUAGGCACGGGAGAUUAUUUCGUGCUUGUGUCUCUGGCCCUAGGCUACAUCUACAUAACCAUCGUAACCGUCGCUGUAGACGCCGGGUCGGGCCGUCAUCUAUACGCCCUCACCGUCCCGCAGGCCGAGCGCGCCCUCCUCUUCACCUUCAUCAGCUUCAUCCCGGGCAUUCUGUCCUUCACCAUGCCCAAAUUUGCCGUCGUGAUGCUCAUCCGAGAUCUCCUCAACCCGUCUCCGGGCCAUCUGAGAGCCAUCUGGGCCCUGGCGAUCGUCAAUGCCGUGCUGAUCGUGAUAUCCAUCACCUUCACGUACGCGCAGUGCGACCCCCCUCGCGCGCAGUGGACGAUCGGGCUCAAGGCCAGGUGCUGGAACCCCAUCGUGUUGGUUGCGACAAGCAUCACCAUGUCGGCGAGCUCGGCUUUGUUUGAUUUUUGGUUGGCGCUCUAUCCGGCUAUCGUCUUGUGGAGGAUGCCAAUCAAUCGCCGGAAGAAGGUUGCAUUGAGCACCGCAUUGGGGUUCGGGGUUUGCGCCGGCAGUGUGGCAGUAUACAAGGGCACCAGGCUCAAGCCAGCGGGAGACUUCAGUGACUUUACCUACAAUGCCGCGGGUCUCGUCAUCUGGACCAGCAUCGAAGCAAACUCGGUCAUCAUCUCGGCCUGCAUCCCCAUGCUGAUGCCCAUGGCCGAACGCAUCUUUGGCGAGAACUUUUUGAGUGGUGGUUACAAGCCCCGAAUCCGCACCAUCACGACUCUGACGCAUCCUGAACGCGAGGAUACCUCAAGUAAUGCUCACUCGGGGGCAAUGGCCUGUGCGAGGGAGCGGGAAGACUGGCACCAACGGGCUCAGAACGCCGGUAUGUCGCUUAAUAAGGAGUCGGUCCACAGCUCCUUGCGGAGCGAGAAAUCAAACGUCUAGACUCUACUAGUCCACCAUAAACCAAUGGUUUGAAUUGGCCUUUUUGUUUGAUUUCAUAUAACUAUUAGUUCAUAUAUUUGCAGUCU